AAAACGUGUUCUUCAAAAUCCAAACCGCGUGCGCUUCUUGGUGUGGCUGAAGAUUUCCCCGUUUUCCGGUACGAUGACGAUCAUCAAUCUGGAUCCGACGAACCUGGAGUUCUCCGUCUUCACGGCGGAAGACAUCCGCAAGAUUAGUGUGGCGAAAAUUACGCUGGCCCGGUCGUUCGACGAACUCGGACAUCCGCUUCGUGGAGGUCUGUACGAUCCGGCGAUGGGCCCGAGCAACCGAGGUGAAAUCUGCUUCACCUGUGCACGCGAUGAACUGCAUUGCGAGGGCCACUUCGGACACAUCGAGAUCGACCUGAGCGUGUACAAUCCGUUCUUCGUACGGACCCUCUACAACUUGUUGCGCAUCAGCUGUAUGAGCUGCACGCGGUUGCUCAUCCACGAUAACGUGAAGGCGUUGCUGGAGCUGCAGCUGCGCCUCUCCGAUGCCGGGUACAUAGUUGAAGCGGAGGAGCUGGACGUGUAUAAGGCAAAGAUGCAGGCGUUCCCCACAGAGCCUAUCCCGACCGAGGAGCUAAACCAGUACGAGGAACAACUGCGCAACGAACCGUACAACAAGCUCGGAGACACCAAGCUGUCCACCGCGAUCCGGUCGGCGAUCGUGAACAACACGCUCAAGGAGUGCGUCCUAAAGAAGUGCAUCCACUGUCAGGCGGCGGUACAGAAGGUACGCAUGUCGGACGGGAAGCUGUCCAUUAACUGGACGAAGGGAGACAAAAAGGCGUUUCUCGUUCAGAAACUGAACACCACAGAUGUGCCUGAAGAUCAGCUGACCUCCUCGAUCGAAGUGAUGAUCGCCCGCGAUUGUAAGAUGUACCUUCGACGGUUAUUCGACAUGGAGGGACCGACGUUACAGCUACUAUUCCCGAUGAUACGCAAAAUGAGCCGCGAUCAGCCAUUCCCGACCGAUAUCUUUUUCAUGGAUGUGGUGCCGGUAUCACCACCGAAAAUGCGGCCGGUUCGCCGUACAGAGCGCGGUACUGUCGUCGAGCACAGUCAAUCGGCCAUACUGAACCACAUUCUGCUUGCCAACAGCACCGUCCGUGCGAUUCUAAUGUGGAACGAAGCGCAGGCAAAGCGUAGCCAGGAAGGGGCAGAGGAGGACCAGUCGGAAGAAGCGCAGCUGAGCACGGCCAUGCGGGUGAUUGACAUGGUCAAGGGAGAAACUACAUACGAGAAGCUCUAUCACUCUUGGAUCACGCUGCAAACAAACGUAGAUCAGCUGCUGGACGCACAGACGCGCAAUGCCAAAAAUGCGGCCGUCGCUCCGCCCGGACUGAAGCAGGUGAUCGAGAAAAAGAUGGGCAUUAUCCGGAUGCACAUGAUGGGCAAACGUGUGAACUAUGCCGCUCGUACCGUCAUCACGCCCGAUCCGAACAUCGGCGUCGAGGAGAUCGGUAUACCGAAGCUGUUCGCGAAGAAGCUUACCUACCCGGUACCGGUGACACCGUGGAACGUAGCCGAACUACGCCAGUGGGUGCUGAACGGACCGGACGUUUAUCCCGGUGCGAACCUGAUCGAAGACUCGAACGGGCGCGUCAGUAAAAUUUCUUCCUUCAACGUCACCCAGCGUCAAUCGAUGGCCAAAACGUUGCUCACGCCAUCAACCGACGGUUCGGCGGACGAUUCGAUCAAGAUUGUCCAUCGGCACCUGCAGAACGGGGACAUCCUGCUGCUUAACCGUCAACCAACGCUCCAUCGGCCGAGUAUUAUGGCACAUCGGGCUAAAAUUUUGCCCGGUGAGAAGAUUUUCCGGCUCCACUACUCCAACUGCAAAUCGUACAACGCCGAUUUCGAUGGUGACGAGAUGAACGCGCAUUUGCCGCAGAAUGAGGUGGCGAGAAGUGAGGCGUACGAGCUGGUUGCCGUACCGCAUCAGUAUCUCGUGCCGAAGGACGGUACACCGCUCGGUGGUCUCAUCCAGGAUCAUAUCGUGUCCGCGGUGAAGCUCUUCAUUCGUGGCAAGUUCUUCAAUAGGGAAGACUAUCAGCAACUUGUGUUCCAAGCGUUGAGCAACCAAAAGGGAGACAUUGAGCUGUUGCCACCGUCGAUCCUGAAACCGGUGCGCCUGUGGUCUGGGAAGCAGAUCAUCUCGACCAUCGUGAAGAACCUCACACCGAAGGGCUUACCGCACAUCAACAUGAUUGGCAAAUCGAAGCUCAACGAAAAGCAUUGGCGUGUCCUUCCAUCGCGCCCAUGGCAGCACGGUGGCACACCACUGGAGGGCAGCGAGCUCUCGGAAUCGGAAGUAUGCAUCCGGCAGGGUGAGCUGCUGUGUGGCAUUCUCGAUAAGAACCACUUCGGUGCGACACCGUACGGAUUAAUUCACUGUAUGUACGAGCUGUACGGUGGCGUGUGCUCAUCGGCUUUGUUGUCCUCGCUGUCGCGUCUCUUCACCUACUAUCUCCAGUGGGAAGGGUUCACCCUUGGAGUGCACGAUAUUCUAGUACAGGCGAAGGCUAACCGCAAGCGCUCAAAGAUUAUUGCCGAGUGCCGCGCGGUGGCAGGCGUAGAAGCGACAGCUGCAGCACUCGAGCUACCGGCCGAUACCCCUCCGGAGGAGCUGGCUAAACGAUUAACGGAAGCGUACGCCAAAAAUCCCAAAUUCCGUUCGAUUCUCGAUCGAAAGUAUAAAUCGGUGCUCGAUAAGUACACGAAUCAGAUCAAUAAUGUGUGCCUUCCGCAGGGAUUGAUCAGCAAGUUCCCGGCCAACAAUCUGCAGCUAAUGGUACAAUCCGGUGCCAAGGGUUCGACCGUUAACACGAUGCAGAUCUCGUGCUUGCUCGGGCAGAUUGAGCUCGAAGGUAAGCGGCCACCGCUCAUGAUGUCCGGCCGUUCGUUACCGAGCUUCGCGUACUACGAAACAUCGCCCAAAUCGGGCGGCUUCAUCGAUGGGCGCUUCAUGACGGGCAUUCAGCCGCAGGAUUUCUUCUUUCACUGUAUGGCCGGUCGCGAAGGGUUGAUCGAUACGGCAGUCAAGACGUCUCGGUCCGGGUAUCUGCAGCGGUGCCUGGUAAAACAUCUCGAGGGUCUGUCCGUACAGUACGACAUGACGGUGCGCGAUAGCGAUGGUAGCGUGGUACAGUUCAUGUACGGUGAGGAUGGACUAGACAUUGCCAAGGCCCAGUUCGUUGGUAAUGGCAAGCAGUUAUCCUUCCUCGAUCUAAAUCGGGAUGUGAUUGUACGCAAGGAGCUACAGGAACGGCUAGCUAACGCCGAGUACGAAGAUCCGUUACAUGCCGCCUUGAAGAAGCACAUGAAGCGUAUGAAGCGCUGGAAAAAAGCAAAUGGUGGUACAAAGGCAAUGACGCAGAAAAGGCGAACCUCUGCGUUCGUUGCGUUUUCUGCCGCGAAAACAGACGAAGUACGGAAAGAAAUGGCCAAACCAGACAAGUUAAAAUCCUCUUCUGGGCGUACCAAGCUGACUGAGAAACUGGCAAAACGUUGGGUAAAGUGCGAUCCCGCGAUAAAGCGAGAGUUUGUAAAGCAAACGGAACACUGUCCGGAUCCACUGCCGGCUGUGUACAGACCCGAUGCUCAUUUCGGUGUACUGUCCGAGCGGCUCGAGGAGCUGGUGCACUCGUACAAGCGUACCGAGCGACCGCUGCACGAUAUCGAUGAGCUGAUGCAGAUCAAGGGUAGUUUUUCGCUUGUUGCACCCGGUGAACCGGUGGGUAUUCUGGCUGCCCAGUCCGUCGGGGAGCCCUCAACGCAGAUGACAUUGAAUACGUUCCACUUUGCCGGUCGUGGUGACAUGAACGUAACGCUCGGUAUUCCUCGGUUGCGGGAAAUCUUGAUGCUCGCCUCGAGCAACAUCAAAACCCCAUCGAUGGAGAUACCGUUCCUGCCGCACCGCAAACCGGAACGAUUAAAGGCAAUCGCGGAAAAGCUUCGUAAAUCGUUAAACCGCGUCACGGUGGCAGAUGUAUUGGAGAAUAUUCACAUUAAGUCGCGAUUGGUGCUGCGUCCGACACGUGGAAUGAAGCAUGUGAUACGCUUCAACUUUCUGCCACCGGAUGCGUACUCUCACGAUUACCGAGUGACACCGCAGGAAAUUUUGCGCCACAUGUCACGUCGCUUCUUUACGGCCAUGUUCCGUGAGAUCCGGAAAGCAGAAAUGUCCAAGAACGUAUUGAUCGAGGAAGAGGUGGUCACGAAGACGCGUAGCAAGAACACAGGAGGAGACGACGAGAAUGAGGAAGGUAUGCGAAUGGAUGACCCGGAAGCAGAUGGUGACGGUGUUCGUAGUGGACGCGGUGGUAAAAAGAACGACGUGGACAGCGACUCGGACGAUAGCGAUGCCGCCGGGGACGAUGCGGAUGCGUCGGAAUCGAAAAUCAAAGGCAAAAAAUCGGACGAACAUGGGUACGACGAUGACGAAGGAAUUGGCGCUGACAAUGAAGACGACAAUGGCGCUGGCGGUGGCGUAAACUCCGACGACAGCGAUCUGGAUGCAUCGGACAACGAGCAGGAAGGCAUGCAAGCAUCUGCAAAGUCGGCUGCGCCAAGCACACUCGAGGCGGACAUAGAUGAUGUCGAGGAGGGUGCUGACCUAUUUGGACCACAGCAACCAUCAGAGGUCAAAGAACGGCAGGGAAUGAUGACCGAGGCGGAAGAGGUCGCUCACGCCCGUCGAUCGAACGAGCAGGUAACGAUGUACACGUACGAUCAGAAGGAGUACCGCUGGUGUCAGCUCGAGCUGCACAUGCCGCUGAAACUGAAGGAGGUUGACUUCUCGAAGAUUUUCCAUGAAAUCGCCGCCAAGAGUGUCGUCUGGGAGGUACCGAGAAUCAAGCGGGCAAUCACUUACAUGCAAAAUGAUCGGCUGUACCUGAAGACGGACGGGAUUAACAUUUCCGCAAUGGCUAAGCACGCCAAACUGCUGGACCUGAACCGGUUGUACAUGAACGAUAUACACGGGAUGGCGGCACGGUAUGGUAUCGAGGCGGCGUCGCGAGUGAUCGUGAAGGAAAUCCAGAACGUGUUCAGCGUGUAUGGCAUAACGAUCGAUCCGCGCCAUCUGCUACUGAUAGCUGACUACAUGACCAGUGACGGCAAGUUCCAGGCCAUGAGCCGUACCGGUAUGGCAAACUCUGCAUCGCCGCUGCAACAGAUGUCGUUCGAAUCGUCGCUCAAGUUCCUCAAGAGCGCCAUGCUGAAGGGCAUGUGCGAUCGGCUGGAGUCACCGUCCUCCCGGCUCAUGGUGGGUCAACCGUGCAAGAGUGGUACGGGUGCCUUCACUCUGUACUCGUCCGCUCUGAAACAGUCCAGCGGGGCCUAGUGUGCCUAGAUUCUUUCUUUAUCGCGUCGGAUUAUCACGGUGGAAAGGAGAGAAGUGCAGCAGUUCGCGUAAGAGAUACAAGUGUAAACUCGUUGUAAUUCUAAGUGUAACCCAGAUAAUUUUGUUCACACAUCAUGGUUUGUGUUUUCCGGAAAAUAAAAAAAACGGCUUUCUGA